AUGUGGUCUGGAAAUCCUAUUUCUGGGCAUAUAACAAGAAAAGAGGCGGAGAAGGCAAGACGACUGAAGAAUAAAUGUUAUUUCUCCGUUUAUUACAUUGUAUUUCAGAGGCCAUCUAUUAAGCAUAUGGAAACAAAAAAUGCAACAGAACUGACAGAGUUUGUUCUCACAGGACUUAAGUAUCAGUCAGAGUGGCAAAUCCCCCUGUUCCUGCUCUUCUUGAUUAUAUACCUCAUCACUCUCAUUGGAAACCUUGGUCUGAUUGCUCUCAUCUGCAAUGACCCUCACCUUCAUAUCCCCAUGUACUUAUUCCUUGGGAACUUGGCCUUUGUGGAUACUUGGUUAUCAUCCACAGUGACCCCCAACAUGCUGGUCAACUUCUUUGCCAAGAGCAAAAUGAUCUCUUUCUCUGAAUGUGUUGUACAGUUCUUUUCCUUUGCACUCUGUGUAACCACGGAAUGUUUUCUGUUGGCAACUAUGGCAUAUGAUCGCUAUGUCGCCAUAUGUAAACCAUUACUUAAUCACUUUUACUGUGACAUUAUACUAUUGUUUAAGAUAUCCUGUACUGACCCUUCCAUUAACUAUCUGACGGUAUUCAUCUUUGCUGGGAUAAUACAGGUAUUCACCAUUUCUGUUGUUCUUAUCUCUUAUACACUUGUCCUCUUUACAAUAUUAAAAAAGAAGUCCAAGGAAGGCAUAAGGAAGGCCUUCUCCACCUGUGGAGCCCACCUCCUAUCUGUCUCUUUAUACUGUGGGCCUCUUCUCUUCACAUAUGUGUUCUCUGGAACUGCACAAGAAAAUGAUGGAGAUAUGAUGGACUCUCUAUUGUAUGCUGUCAUAACUCCUUUCUUAAAUCCAAUUAUCUACAGCCUGAGAAACCAGAAAGUCAUAGAUUCACUGACAAAAUUGUUGAAGAGAAAUUUUUAG